UUUGCCCGAACAAAUUGAUUGCCAUAGAAAUUAGAAACUUUGGCAGCAGGCUCGCCUCGUCGCCCUUUCUACCCAAAUUAAAAAGACAAGUUCUCUACAUACAGACACGAUCUUUGCAUAAUAAUGGCUAAAAAGAAGAGAGACGAAGUGGAGGCCGAACCCCAAGUACUCAACCACGGCAAUGGCGGCUCUCAUGAAACAAAAAAGAAGAAAAAGAACAAGACAAGAGACAAAGAGCAGAAGAAAGUGUUUGUAGAUGACGAUGAUAUCAGUAGGCCUACUGUCAGCAUCGCCUUACCUGGCUCUAUUAUCGAUAACACUCAAUCAUUCGAGCUCGCUACUCGGCUUGCUGGCCAAAUUGCCCGUGCCGCCACUAUUUUCAGAAUUGAUGAGGUGGUUGUAUUUGAUAACCAAAGGGAAUCAUCCAAUUUGACAGCUGAGGAUACUUGUGAUGAAAAUGAGAGUGGUACUGCUUUCCUAAUAAGGAUCUUGAAGUAUCUGGAGACACCGCAAUAUCUGAGAAAGGCUCUUUUCCCCAAGCAUAACAGCUUAAGAUUUGUGGGUCUGCUGCCACCGCUUGAUGCCCCACAUCAUCUUCGAAAGCAUGAAUGGGCUCCAUACAGAGAAGGUGUCACACUCGCGCUACAACCUCCAACUUCUGCCACCACUCUUGUGGAUGUGGGGCUUAGUAAGAAUGUGGUGAUUGAUGAAGCAGUUGAGCCUGGAAAAAGAGUUACUGUAGCCAUGGGAACCAAUCGACAACUGGAUGAUGAGGCACACGAGGUUGUGUCAUGGUGGAAGCCUAGGGAAGAAGCAGGAAUGUAUUGGGGCUAUAAAGUCAGAUAUGCUCCCAACAUCAGUUCAGUACUUAAACAAUGCCCGUAUAAGGGUGGGUAUGAUUAUCUUAUUGGCACCUCAGAGCAUGGUCAUAUUGUGAAGUCGUCAGAGCUUGAGCUACCAUCUUUUAGGCAUCUACUGAUUGCUUUUGGUGGACUUGCUGGAUUGGAAGAGUGCAUUGAAGAAGACAAAAACCUCAAGGGAAAAGAUCCACGGGAGGUAUUUAGUACGUAUCUCAACAUAUGUCCACAUCAAGGAAGUAGAACAAUACGAACAGAGGAAGCGCUCUUCAUUUCUCUUCAAUAUUUCCAAGAACCAAUUGAUCGUGUAUUAAACAGUUCUAAAUAACAUGGUUACGGAUUCACCCGUUUCGGUUGUUCAUCUUGGACUAUUUGCCAUGUUUUCUAAUCAUUUUCUUUUCGAGGUUUAGUUGUCAAACUUUUUUUCUUAAUGGUUUAACUAAUAUUCACAGAUGUUUGAGGCAAUAUAUUUGAUUUUUUAGCUUGUGA